AAUCUUGAACUUGACAGUUGACAGUAGAACGUACCGGUGUGCGCGUAGUAUAUUUCGCAACUUGGACCGGCGUUUGCAAAAAAGGCAGAACAUAAAAUUGCCACACACACACACACACAAACUGUGAUACAAGACAAGAUAUAAACAAAUUUCGCCGAGUGCAUAGAGAUUUCGGUUGGUGUUGUAAAAAUUUUGAUUUUCGUUUACAUCGUCUAAAAAUAUUUCUUUGCCUACACAAUUGAGGAAUAGAGCCAUAAAAAACAAAAGUUAACAAAUAUUUUGUGUCUUUCAAUAAACGUGGGCCUUUAAGUGUUUUAGACGGAACUGAGACAAACAAUUGCUCGAGUGAUUUUUUUUUUUGAAAAGUCAAGAAACUCUGCGGAAGUUGUCAAACAAAUAGCAUAGCAACAAACGGAAGCCAGAAACAAUGACGUCGCCAAAGCCUCGCAGCCAUUGCUGGCCAUUCAUAAUUUUAGUUAUAAGCGUUUUGUUGCAUGGCACACAUGGCCAGUCGUACCACAUUUUAAUCGGUCAUCAUCCACGAAAUUUUGAUCAGCUGUACCGCGACCCACCACCCAAUAAUCGGCAAUACGUAAGCGAAAAUAAUUUAACGGACUCGAGCUUAGAUUUGGAAGGCGACAACGAUAAUAAUACAACAUUAAUUCUAGUUCAAAAUUCAGUGCGUGAAUCCCCCAACGAAUUAUCACAAACCGCCAUGGACAUCAUCACCAUUGUUUGGUAUGUGGCAACAUUCCUGGCCUUGGCCGCCUUCUUCUUGCUGAUGGCCUGUUCCGAUCGACGCUGCGCCGAUGCCUCGCAACGCAGCAGACCAGCGAAUACGAGCGAAACUCCCAUCCCUCCCCCGACGCCCUCGCCCUCCUACAGUGAGUUUGCUCCGCCCAGCUAUGACACUGUGAUGAAGCUGCAACAUGCCAACAAGCCAAGCAUAUUUGUCAUUCCCUUCCCCAACGAGCAAUCGCCCCCCAAGGACAACCACACCCCAAACACCGCCAAUUACAAUGUCUACACCAUUGACGAGCUGCAAAAAUUGGGCAGUUAGCUGCAUAUCACCCCUUGAAAAGGCAUCUAGUCCGACUGGACAAGCCCAUGUCGGAAGUAUUGUUGGAUUCGUCUCAUACAAAUCUGUGAUAUUAGAGCAUUUCCUCGGUCCUGGAGUAGAGGGUUGCCAUUAUUUGAUAAAUGUAUAGUUUUAGCAUGUAAUGAUUAUUUAAUACAUCUAUGACAUGUAUGUUAUGUACCUGCCAGGUACAGUUAGUAUAUGUAGAUCUGUGCGUACUCUCUUUACGAGGUAUAACUUAUUGUGAUAAGACUGAUGUUAGCGCGUAUCUGGCAAAUUGUGCCGCAGUAGAAGUAGACAUAAGAGUGGCUACGGCUUGAGUUGAUGGAUAAAAAGUAGUUUAACCACAAAGUCGUAGUGUUAGCCAGCCGCAGUGCCUCUAUUUUAGUAUUUUAUUGAUAAAAUCUAUGUGAUAAGAUGUGUGUACGUAUUCCAUUAUUAAUUGUUAGCAAAUAAAGGAGAUGUACAGUAAAAAUA